AUGGAGAAACGAAACAUAUCGCCAGACAAACUGACCACUGAACCUCCUGAUAUAACAGCGGAUGACUUUGAAGAUUACUUGCUAACAGAUAAACUACUGGUGGAUUAUUUCAACAUGUUUCUCAGUCUAUUGAAUUUUCCAAUGCCAAUUUGGUUUAACAAACGAAUGGAGACAUUUGAAAUAGUUGACAAUGCAAAGAAAAAUCUGUUGAAGCAGUUAAAACAAUUGGUACAUACAUAUAGUCCUAUGGACCCCAUCUACAAUGCGACACUCAAAUCCCAAGAAAGACAUCCUCAAUUUGAAAAAAUCACUGCUCUGGAUCUAAAAUUUGAAAACAAGUUUAUUGUAAAGUCCAAUACUGUCAGCAGUGACCGGAAAGGUGUCUGGGAAAGUUUAAAUCCAGAAUGGGGACUCUUCCAGUUAUGGCUUGCAAAGUUGCUGUCUCAGUUAGGAAGCAACACCGGACCUGGCAUGCCACAAAUCGAUCCUGCUUACCGCCCUUGGGUUACUGAGAAAGAAGAUGAAGAACCCUUGUCCAAAAUUGAAGAUGUGAUUGAUGAUACUUCAGAAGAAAUAUAUGAUGAUGAGGAGGAAGAAGAAGAAGAAGAAGAAGACCCCAUGUCCAAAACUGUAGAUAUGGUUGAAGAUAGCACAGCAGAAAUCCAUAUCAGCCAUGAAGAGAGAAAUGAUCUGGUUUCUGUGAAAAGCGAGGCUUCCAUUGAACAAACCGAAACAGUAGAAGAAGCUCCAAUGGUUAACUUCCAAACUGAAAUUGAAACUCUAGUCAAAUUUAAGGUAGCUUCAUCCACUCCUGCAACUUCUGUGAAGAUUGAGGACAAUGUUGUAACUGCAAUGGAAGAAGCUAUGUUACGUAUUGCUGCUGAAAAGAUAGCCCACCACAGCAGAAAGGCCAGUGGCAGUACACAACAUAGUUGCAUUCCUGGUUUGUCCAAACCAGUAAUUGUGGAUGACGAGCUAUUUGAAUCUGUUCCUGAAUACGAUUUCUAUGGACAAGAAAUUAUUUACCUUGAACCAAAGUCAGAGGAUGAAACUAAACAUGACCAAAAAGUAAAGAGAAAAAACAAGAAAGAGGUAAGCACUGAUAAUAAGGCACCAUUGAAUGAAGAUAAGGUCAAUGAAAAAGCAGAAUUGCAUGAUCAGAAGAUCCACAUUGACACUAAAACAAGAACUGAUAAACAGCUGGUCAGCACAUUUGAUAAAGCAGCAACUCAUGGAACAGAAACCAACCUGUUUUCUGAGAAUGAGAAAAUGAAACUUCACUUGGAGAGUGAUACUUACCCAGCACCAAAGCCUAACAUUUCUCAAACAGCUCAGUUUGGUGUACAGCAAUCAUCUAUAGUCAGUGAUAUUAUAAAAACUCAAAAUCUUUCGGAUGGUGUGGGUGAAGAUAGUAUGGAAUCUGACUCCACUAAUGAGGAAGGUGAUAGCAGAUAUUUCUGCUACGUGGAACCACCUCAUAGCUUCAAUUUCAAGAACCGAAAGGGCAUUGAAAAAUUCAAGAAAUUUCUCCAUGGAACUGCUGGUGAGAAAUACUGGUGGCUAUGGAUGGAUAUUGAAAGAUUAAAGGUUAUCAAGGAUAGCAAAAAGAAGCAAAGUUAUCUGAACAAAAUACGGAAUCGAUAUUUAUUUAAUGGGGGUGAAUACUGUAUGAAUGAGGAGGCACGUGCAAAGCUGGGUCUCUCAUCUGUCUCUCAGUGGACUGUAGAAAACCUGAGUCAAGUUCAGUCAGAUGUAGUCUCACCUCUGCUUCUCUACUGGGGUCCAAGGUACUGUAUUAAUAAAGGAUUUCCCAUACGGCAAGCUGGUAUUGCCUUGAAAGACUGGGAAGAUCGUCAGUUGAGACCAAAGUCUGAUGUAGGCCCAUUUCCUAUGAUAAUGCCAAAUCCUGUCAAGCCAAAGAAGAAAUGUAAAUCACAGCCACGCCAAAGAGAAGUUCCACAGAAUAGAUCAUCACCAAAUAGGCACUGCACUAGGACAAUGUCCAAAACUGCUCUCUGCAAGCCAGAGGCUAAGAAAGAACUUCCACCUCCAAGCGACACAAUUCAAUCACAAGUCUCAAAAGAAAAAUUUGAUGAAAAAUUUAUGGAAAAUUUGGAAAACCUAGAGUUACGUAAAACGAAGGACCUCCGCAAUUUAGAGACAUUAACACAGGUCAAAAAAUACCAUGACGUUCCAUGUGAUACUAAGUUAGAUGACCUGCUGCAGGCCCUGCACAAUGAAAGCAGAACUGGAUACUACUUCACACGUUUUUGUGAAAAAACAGGGAAUACAUUAUGGAGGAAUAGUGUGAGCCUGUGGUUUGACCUGAAAGAGUAUCAGCGACUGUUUUAUGCGGAAAUCUUUCAACCUUUUAAACUCAAGAGACAAGCUCAGUUCAUUUUUGCAACAUACACUAUUGAAGAGGCCCCAGCAGACAUCAAAAUGGAUGCAGAGAACAAGAAAGAGAUCUAUAGCAAACUAGAUCCACCAUUUGAAGAGCUCUUUGAUCAAUUAGAGGAACACAUUCUUAUCUUGCUACUGGUGCCUUGGAUCCAAAUGAUUGAAGCGGAAAUGGCAAGUUACAGUAAGGUGACGGUGGCAACGAAGACUGAGCGUCUGGACUCAGUAUACUACAAGAAGCUUCAGGAAUUGCAGAGGAAGUUUCUGCCCAAUGAAUUUCCUGUUGAAUCAGCUAGCCAAGAAGAAAUUUUGGAGGAUCCCAGGACCUCAUGGAAAUUUGUUCCACAGCAAUUCAAAGAUUAUUCAUUUCAAACGCUUCUUCACAAUCGCUUAGAACUUGACCAAUUUCAGACAUUCCUUAAAGAAAAUUUAGCAGACAUGGAUCUCAACUGCUGGCUGGACAUUGAACACUAUGUAAAUAUAUCUCGCCAAGAAAAAGACAGUAAAAAUAUCAAAUCCAAAGAGAUCAUCAACAAAUAUAUGAAUCGAAAGUAUUUCUUUGGACUCAGCAGCCCGGCUACAAAACCACAACAGGAAGAGGUGUUGGCAUUGGCUGGUGGACAAGAAAAUUUGCUCCACAAUCUGUUGUCUUCAGAAGUUGCACUGGAGGUGCAAAGAUAUGCAAAAGAACGUAUGGAAAGACAAUGGCUGCCAAUGUUCCUAUCCACACCAGAGUUUGCUGAAACUAAUCAGAUACGGAUAAAAUUGCAAGAGGUUGUAGAGGACCAGAUGUUACACAAAAGCAGGAAGAAGCGAGAUGUAAUGAAGCACAUGGAUAACAAAUGGACUGCCUCAUCAAAAGAAAUCAUAGCAUUUCGUAAAGCUUUGUUAAAUCCAGUAACGGCACUUCAAUUUCGGAAGUUUGUAUCAACAAAAGGACAACUGAUGGAGAAUAAUGUACUUUUUUGGCUCGAGGUUCAAAAAUACAAGGACUUAUGCCAUUCUCAUGCAACUGUGGAAACCAUUCAGAAUAAGAUCAUGGUCAUUAUCAACUGUUUUAUCAAUUCCAAUAUUCCACCGGCUGUGCAAAUUGAUAUUCCUGAAGAACAGGCAAACAGAAUUAUUAGUCAAAAGGAUCAGCAGGGUCCAUAUAUCUUCAGAGAAGCACAGAUGGCAGUUUUUGAUAUCCUCUUCAAACUAUGGCCUCAAUUUUCUGGUUUCCGACGCAGUAUUGCUGUUGAAAGCAUAGAGAACAAAAGGGAACAAGAAAUACUGCGAAGUAAAAAUAUAGAAAAGAGCUUAAUUCAGCAGAAGAGUGUUCAGGAUCAAAAGUCUGGUACACUUCAGCCAGCUUCUCUUGGUCCUGAGAGCAGGUCCAGCGGAAGUCAAUUGUCCUUAAAGGGUGAAAGUGAUAAACCAACACAGGAUCAACAGGAAAUGAAGCCAGGAAGUACUGAAACUGAUCAGGAUUCAGGGCACAGCCAGAAGGUUUCCUGGUCUUUUUCCAAAUACCUAGAAGCACUAAACAGAGAGGAAUCACUGAUUUUGAGAGCACAUGAGGUGGACAGAAUGGAGUCGAGCAGAAUAGAAGCUCAUAGAAUGGAGGCUAGCAGAGUGCAGACUGCAACAAUAAAUAUUCUACCUCCAGAAUCUUCAACCAGCCAAAACAUACCAGGCAACUUGAACAUAAAUUAAUUGUAACUUAUCACAACUUAUUGAAGCC